AUGCCCUUAGGCACGGCCAUACAUAACAUAGAAAUCACACUUGGAAAGGGUGGACAAUUAGCUAGAGCAGCGGGUGCUGUAGCGAAACUGAUUGCAAAAGAGGGGAAAUCGGCCACAUUAAAAUUACCUUCUGGGGAGGUCCGUUUGAUAUCCAAAAACUGCUCAGCAACAGUCGGACAAGUGGGAAAUGUUGGGGUGAACCAGAAAAGUUUGGGUAGAGCCGGAUCUAAACGUUGGCUAGGUAAGCGUCCUGUACAAAAUUAUGGGCGAACGACGGGCGCGAAAAACAACAGCAGUCCCAAAACCAACAUCAUCAUCAACAACAGAAACUGCACGUUCAUUGCUCAUAGCACCAUAAACGUUACUGCUAGCCCAGAUGUGAAGGGUGGGUGUCUAUAUGGAGGGAAUUCGAGUCGUUUUCCUUCAGCUAAAUACAGAGGAGUUCAAGUAUUCACUAUCAGAGAGCUUGAAUUGGCCACAGAUAAGUUUAGUGAAGCAAGUGUGAUUGGAAAUGGAGGAUGUGGAGUGGUUUAUAGAGGAGUCCUUAGAGAUGGGACUGUGGCAGCUAUUAAGAUGUUGCGCAGGGACGGAAAGCAAAGAGAGCGUGCAUUUAGGACAGAGGUGGACUUACUGAGCAAUUUACACUCUCCCAACAUAGUGGAGCUUCUUGGCUACUGCGCAGACCAGCACCACAGGCUCCUAGUACUUGAAUUCAUGCCCAAUGGAACUCUCCAACACCUCCUCCACCCUUCCAACAACCAACCCCGGCUGCUGCUCAAUUGGGGAACCCGAUUGAGCAUUGCUCUUGAUUGUGCCAGAGCUCUCGAGUCUCUCCAUGACCACGCAGAUCCACACGUCUUCCACGGUGAUUUCAAAUGCAGUAACAUUCUCUUAGAUCAAAAUUUCAGAGCCAAGUUGUCAGAUUUCCGAUUGGCCAGAACAGGAUCGGACAAGAUCCAUGGUCAGGCUUUGGUGCGCGCAUCAUGGACCACCGGAUAUUUAGCACCCGAGUAUGUUUCAACCGGUAAGCUUACUACAAAAUCAGAUGUGUACAGCUAUGGUGUUGUUCUUCUAGAACUGCUAACAGGCCGUGUACCAGUUGAUACCAAGCGACCUCCUGGAGAACAUGUACUCGUCUCUUGGGCUCUUCCAAGGUUAACCAACAGAGAAAAGUUAUUGGAAAUGGUUGACCCUGCACUACAGGGACAGUAUUCAAAAAAGGAUCUAAUCCAGAUAGCUGCUAUUGCAGCCAUGUGUGUGCAACCAGAAGCAGAUUACCGUCCUCUAAUUACAGAUAUUGCGCAGUCCUUGGUCCCUCUGGUGAAGAACCUCUCUCCUAAAUCUCUUUCCAAUUCAUUGAGGUUUAAUCAAAGAGUAAGUCCAAGGUCUUAGGCAAUGCUUGGAAACUGCAGUUUGAGCUGUUCAAAAUCUGAACAAAUCUAUGGACCAGCUGGUUCAUCCUAUGACAACUCAUUGUUCAUCCUAUGGAGGUCCUAAAACAUUAGUAUCAGAGUGUACAAAAUUAAAGAGCAGCAAAAUAUACUAGGAAUUGUAGGCAAGCGUGAAAUAUCGUGUACUCCAAAUACUAAAAAAUUAGAAGGUGGUUAAUAAAUGUUUUGCUACUUGUGAUGGUUGUGAUUUUAUUAUUGUUUCUUCCAAAGUUUAAAAUGUAUAUAUGCUUAAUUGG